AUGGAGGCUCAGACGGCAGCAAAGCAAAACCCUACUUACGCCAAAGCAACCAGCGAGUUAAACGUGCUCGAAGCUCACAGGAAGGAGCCGAACUGGGACACGCUAAAAGACGCCAGCAAACACUGCGGGGACAAGCGCACAAACCGUGGACCCCACUCACAACCCGUCUUGAACGGCGACUAA